CCCCUAGAGCGGGAAGCAUCUGUCAGUGCUCCUGGCAUUUGUUAAUUUUUACCUUUUGGUGAUAUUCUACAGCGACUACAAGUCAUUUAUAUUUACUUUAUAGUAAAAUAUAUAGGUGAGGAGAGCGGAAGGAGGAGGAAGGAAAGCGGAAGGAGGAGGAAGGGAGCAGCCAUGGACUGCUGCUUCCCAUUUGGCCUGUGCUGGCCAUUUCGAAAGCGCAAGGAGAGUCUCAUUGAGAAUGAGGUGCCCAGUGAGCUACCACAACUAGAGAGGCAGGAGCCCAAGCUGCCCUCGGAGAGGAAUGAGCCGAAACAACAGGCAAGACCAGUGCCUCCCGCACCUCGUGCUAAACAAGCACCCCCUCCACCUCGGGAAAGGCAAGCACCUCCUGCACCCCGGGAGAGAAAAGCGCCUCCACCACCUCGGGCAAGACAGGGACCGAAAUCUCGGCCACGGCAGGCGCCCCCACCACCUCGGGCACGUCAGCCACCUCCUCCACCCCGGGUGAGACAGGCACCUCCACCUCCCCGUGCUAGGCAGGCACCCCUGCCAUAGAGGCAUGUUCCAACACUCGCCUCCCUGGGCUAGGCAUGCGCCUCAAUAACACCAGAGGCAUGCGCCUCAAUACCACCAGAGGCAUGCGCAUCAAUACCAUCUGAGGCAUGCGCCCUCAAUACCAUCAGAGGCAUGCGCCCUCAAUACCAUCAGAGACAUGCGCCUCAAUACCAUCAGAGGCAUGCACCCUCACUACCAUUAGAGGCAUGCCCCUCAGUACCAUCAAAGGCAUUCGCUCUCAUCACCAUCAGAGAUAUACAGCCUCCCCACCACCAUCAGAGAGGCACGCACCUUCACCUCCUUCAGAGAAGUGCUUGCA